AUGUCGCUGUUCGGAUCGUCCCCUACCGACAAGGAAAGUGAGCCGACGCCGGUGACGACGCCGCGCCGCCAGAACAAGGCUCGAUCCGGCAGCCUCUUUGAUGGCCCCCGUCCAGGUUCCCGGUCGGGCUCAUCCAACGGCAUCUUCGACGAUGGCAGCAAUCGCCACGACGAUGCAGAGCCCUGGGACAUGCCGACGCCACGCAAGAUGCAGAGCCAAGCGGAGGUCGUUCGUACUCUGCUCCCAGCAUCUGACGUGCCCGACAGCUACAUCGACAUAUUCGAUGCCGUCCUCCAAGAGGAUGGCAGUCACGGCCGAGUGACGGCGGCUGGUGUUGCCAAGCUGUUUGCCAACGCCCGCUUGGGGGCCGACGCCCAGGCCCGCAUCAUGUCCCUCGUUGCGCCCGGCGAUAGCUCCAACGUCACGCUCGGCCGUGGCGAGUUUAAUGUUCUGCUGGCGUUGCUUGGAUUGGCACAGGAAGGGGACAUCAUCAACUUGGAUGGUGUGGAUGAGAGACGGCAUGAUCUCCCGCUGCCAAAGCUUCCGGGCCUCACCGCCGAACCUGUGCUUCCGCCCGUCGCUGAACUAUCUGCGAAGCCCCCCCAGGAGCCAGUCGAGCCGCCGCCGCAGGUGGAUUCCGCGCCGGCUCGGUCGCACCAAGAGGCAGAGUCGCCUCCCAAGAUACUUCGCCCCGUCAUGGGAGACCCCGAGGACGAUCCUUGGAACUCGCCCGAGAUGCACAAAGGCCACGACCACCGGGAGAACAACAUCGCCGAAGACCGCGAUGCCAUCAACGGUCACGGCGGCUUCCAUGAGACCCCAACGCCUACCCUGUCAAGGGGAGCUGCGAACCAUUACGUCGCGAGCAUAGAAACGCCAGCACCCCCAAGCAGCACCAGGCCGACGAGCGGCUCCGUUUCCGCCCAGCCUGGGUGGGGGGGUUAUUUUGGAGACCGCAGCCCGACAGCGCCGGCCGACUUCCGUGUUACCUCACCCCAUGUCGCCCCGAGUCCGUUUGGAGGAGACGGAGGCGCGGCUCAACCUGCUAGCAACCCUCCGCCUCCCACAAGCAGGACCAUGGCCGGUCGGACAGGCAGCAACCUCGAAGAGAACAUUGUCGUGACGCUGAUGCCGGGCAAGGAGGGCAUCUUUCUCUUCCAGCACCACAACUACGAAGUCUCGAGUCAGCGCCGGGGAAGCAAGGUUAUUCGCCGGUACAGCGACUUCGUCUGGCUGCUCGACUGCCUGCAGAAACGGUACCCCUUCCGCGUCCUUCCACUCCUGCCACCCAAGCGGGUGGCUGUCAACGGGAACCACCUGUCCAACGACGGGGGCUUCAUCGAGAAGCGAAGACGGGGCCUGGGUAGAUUCUUGAAUGCCCUCGUCCGGCACCCCGUUUUGGCUCAGGAACAGCUGGUCAUCAUGUUUCUGACGGUCCCGACGGAGUUGUCCGUUUGGCGAAAGCAAGCGACCAUUUCCGUCCAGAACGAGUUCGCCGACCGAGUGCUGCCUCCUGGGCUGGAGGAUUCCCUUCCCCCGACAUUGGAGGAGCUCUUCACUCGCACGCGCUCGGGUGUGCGCCGCUCGGCCGAGCUCUACAUCAGCGUUUGCAACAUCAUGGACCGUCUCGUCAAGCGGACCGAAGGCGUUGCCGCGGAUCACGCCCGCGUCGCCAUGAUGCUCAUCUCACUCACAGAGGCGUCGAGUGACACGUACGCAACCGACACCAAUGAAGUUCCGCUUCUCAACGACGGCCUCGUCGCCAUGAGCAAGCACCUGCGAACGUGCCAGACCCUCCUGGAGGACGAGAGUCGCGGCUGGGACGAGGGUGUGCUGGAGGACCUCAAGCGCCAACGGGAUGCUCUGGUCAGCUUGCGAGACAUGUUUGACCGACGCGAGAGGCUGGACACGGACAACAUUCCUUAUCUGGAGAGGAGAAUCCAGACGAACGAAACCAAACUGGCAAACCUGAGGUCCAAGCCGGAAGGGCUCGUCAAGCCUGGUGAGAUUGACAAGGUGGCCGAGUCUAUUAUCAAGGACAAAGAAUCCAUUGUACAGCAAUUCAACCGGUCCAUCUUUGUCAAGCAGUGUAUCCGAGAUGAGCUCGUUACAUUUCAGACGACGCAGUAUCACAUCAGCAGGUGGAAUCAGGACUGGGCGGCGGAACGGGUCAAGUAUGCCGAGAUGCUGGCGGACAAUUGGCGACGUCUGCUGGACGAACUGGAGGGCAUGCCGCUGGGUGACUAG